AUGGCACCACCUCUCCCAAAACACGUCGUUCAAGCCAUAGAAGUAGCCAUCGAAUGUGCAUGGGAAGUAUCCCGACCGGUCGACCUAAAAUCCAUCGCGCACAUCUUCAACACCACACCCACAACCAUAAUCCGCAUCCGGAAACGCCAGGAAAAGAUUCGCGAUACGGGGAUUGAUGAACGGGGGAAAAAGCAAGGUCCGAAAUUUCGUUAUGGGGGUAGGGAAGAAGAGAUUAAGGAAUGGUUGACGCAAUUAUGUGUGCUUCAUCCGGAGAUGAAACAGGCGGAGAUUACUAGGUUGAUGGAGGAGAAAUGGGGAAUUAAGUAUGGUCAGAGUACGGUUUGUAGGUUGAUUCGUGUGUGGAAAAUUCCGCAUAGGGUUAGUAAUAGGAUGUAUGCGGGUUCGAGACUAUAUGUUGAGAAGGAAAGUGUGGGGAUGGUGGAUUUGCAGGGGACGGGAAGGGGAGAGUUGGUGGAUAGGUUAGGUAUUGCGGCGGUGAGGGAGAGAGCUUUGGGUGAGGAUGAAACUGGUCAAACAGUGGAGGAUGGAAACAGGAAUACGAAUUCAGAAGACAGGUCGCAAGGAUCUGAGAGGUUACAAGGAUUGCAAUCUCUAGGAAUAGCCGCAAUGCAGGAACAGGAGCAGGAGCAGAAAGAUAUGAUUAUGACUAACGGCAAUGGAAAUUCACAUGCGGCUCCAGCACCAAAUCAAUAUGAGCUGGCGCCGUCGUUGGAGCCUAAUACGAUGGUGGAAAGACUCAAUCAAUCGCUUGACGCUAUUAAUCAAGCUGUCGAACUUUUGCCACAAACUCAACAUCAGCGUCCCUAUCAAACGACAUAUCAAGCGAGUCAACCGACUUGGCAAUACCAGAUGAAUUCAUGA